CCCAGUUGGCUGUGUUAAAACCCAGGCAAACGUUUUUCCCCUCUUCGUGGGUCUCCAACAUGGAUGCUUUUCAAAGCAUUUUAAAAUUCUUUCUUAACCAAAAAACCGCUAUUGGCUACAGCUUCAUGGCUCUGCUGACCGUGGGAAGUGAGCGUCUCUUCUCGCUCGUGGCGUUUAAGUGCCCCUGCAGCACUGAGAAUACAACCUAUGGGCUGGUUUUCCUCUUUGCCCCUGCCUGGGUGUUACUGAUCCUUGGAUUCUUCCUGAAUAACAAGGCAUGGAGACUCUUCACUGGCUGCUGUAUAAACCCCAAGAAAAUCUUCCCUAGGAGACACCGCUGCCGCUUCUUCUACGUCCUGGGACACAUCACACUGAGUUCAUUGGUGGCACCAGUGAUGUGGCUCUCCGUGGCUUUGCUGAAUGGGACGUUUUAUGAAUGUGCCAUGAGCGGAACCAGAAGCGAAAAGCUCCUGGAACUGAUUUGCAAGGGCAAGCCCCGAGAGUGCCAGGAAGACCUGUACAAAGUCUCCUGUGGCAAAAGUAGCAUGACACCCGUGGAAAACGAAGAGGUGAAGCUGUCUCUGCAAGCCCAGUCUCAGAUUCUAGGAUGGUGCCUGAUUUGCUCAGCAUCCUUCUUCUCUCUGCUGACCACUUGCUAUGCACGCUGCAAAUCUAAAGUCAGCUACCUGCAGCUGAGUUUCUGGAAGACGUACGCACAAAGGGAGAAGGAACAGUUGGAGAACAAACUCCUGGAAUGUGCCAACAAGCUGAGUGAGAGGAACCUGAAGUGCUUUUUUGAAAACAAGAGGCCAGAUCCCUUUCCCAUGCCCUCUUUCGCUGCCUGGGAGGCUGCGUCCGAGCUACAUUCGUUCUACCAAGACCGUGAACACUACAGCGCCCUCCACAAGGUCAUAGAUGAUGGUCUGGAACAAACCCCUCAAGAGGAGGAGACAACAAUGAUCAUGGUGGGCACUGCCCAGAGUCUGUGAAUCACUCACCAUCACCAGUGGUAGACUCAUUCCGAGAGUCACCUGCCGUCUCCAUGACAAGCUAUGUCUCCGAUUUUCUCACCAUCAGAGCUUCUUUAAAAGAGGAUAACGCAGUGGGGAACUGUUUUAAGCAUCCGAAUGCAGUGUCUGGAUGUGCUCACACUGAUGCUGAGUGAUAACGAAGACACUCUGAGUUGGUGAAGCGUUGGGCCCAGGAAACCCAACAGUUACUCUAAGCUCUAAGAUUUUAUGACUCAGUGCCCCCAGACCCUGGCAAGGUGGUCUGCCACUCUCUGCAAGCAUCUGCUGUGGUAUUGGAGGCGAGGUCUGUGCACAGUGGCAUCUGUGGAGUGGCCCGCAGGAACCCUUUCACAAAUAUAUCCAACACUUUAUGAAAGGAAUUCUAGCAUGUAACAUUCCUUUCCUUGGAAGAACUGCAUUCUCAAAAGUCACCAACUGAAAGAAUAUAAUGUCUGAAAAUCAGAGGUUCCCACAUUUCCCCCAAAUACUGAAAGUCUGCCUCUGGGGCAGGACUGCCUCAUGACUGGUAUAUGCUGAAGGCAUUUAUGCCUUCAUAGCCCACUUCUACAUUCUAAAAGACAAUCAUAUAAGAGCCACAUGCAAGACUGCACUGAUAUAAAGACAAAUCCAUUAAUAUUGCAUAUUAAAACACUUUUCUCAAUAAAAAUUCCAUUUUUACGUUUUAA